AGACACGCGACGUGGGAGACGUAUCGACGAACGCGCAGCGAGCCAGCGCAGCGGCACGCAAGCAUGGAACGCGCUCAGCGCCCCACGAAGCCGAUGAGUGAGGUCCGCAAGAUCAGGAAGCCGAUCAUGGAGAAGAAGAGGCGAGAGCGCAUCAACAGCUGCCUGCAGGAGCUGAAGGACAUGCUGAUCGACGAGAACGCCGUUCAGAGACAGGGCCCGAAACCGUCCAAGCUGGAGAAGGCCGACAUACUGGAGCAGACCGUCAAGCACAUGCGGGAGCUGCACGGCCUGCUCCGGCGCGGCGCCGCCGCCGCCGCCGUCGCCGCCGACUCGGCCGACACGUACCGCCGCGGCUACCAGCAGUGCCUGCAGGUGGUGCGCUCGUUCACGGCGCAGGGGGACGGCGGCGCGGCGCUGCCGCGGCUCGUCACCAACCUCGAGCAGCGCUACGACCUGCUGCACGGCGGCGACGAGCC